ACCCCCCGGUCCCCCCGCCCGCCCUCCCCGGGCCAGCGCCACUGCGCGGGCGCCCUGCGGGGAUCCCUUGCGGGGACGGUGUCCGCUCCCGCUGGGUCGGUGCCGGAAGCGGCGCGGACCCGCCCGGUGCCGCCCCGCCCCGGCGCGCUCCCGCCGUUCCGCCCCGCGGGGACGCGCAGACCCGCCCGGCGCAGCUGGACUGUCCGCGAGGCCGCUCCAUGCGCUUGCCCCGCGGCGCCUGAGCCCGGCAGCCCUCGGCAGGUUAUGCUGCCCCGAGAGCGUCCCCUGAGCCCCCGCGAGAAGGAAAAGGGCUAAGCCGGCCGUGCCGGGGGCCGUGCCAGCGCCAUGACCCACUCCCAGGUGUCUUCCGAGCUUCACCACAUCGUCUCCUCAGCCUUCCAGAGCCCCGAGCAGGAGGCGCUGGGCGCCGGCUCACCGGCCUUCGGGGAGGAGGAGGAGGAGAAGGACCUCAACAAGGCCCUGGGCGUGGAGCGCUUCGAGGAGAUCCUGAACGACGCCCACCCGCGCAACGCCGAGGAGGCCGGGCGCAGCUACGGCGAGGAGGACUUCGAGUACCACCGCCAGUCGUCCCACCACAUCCACCACCCGCUCUCCACGCACCUGCCCUCUGACGCCCGCCGCAAGAAGGGGAUCCCGAAAAAGGGCAAAAAGAAGGCCCGGCGUGCCUCUGUCCCCGGAGAGACCCCCACCAUCGAGGAGGCUGAGGAGGAUGAGGAUGACGCGUGCGACACGGAGACAGAGCGGUCGGCGGAGGAGCUGCGGCAGCCCGGGCCGGCCGAGGCGGUGCAGUUCUUCCUGCAGGAGGAUGAGGCGAGCGACCGGCAGGCAGAGGAGCCAGCGGCCCCUGCGGCACUGCCCGGCUCCCCCCCUGAGCCCCGAGGGGGCACGGCCCCGAAGGAAGCCCAGGCCAGCAGCCCUGAUGCCGAGCAGGGGGCUCUGGGGGCGGGGGCAGCCGCCGAGGCUGGGUCCCCGGGCCGCCCUGCGCCCAAGUCGCAGCCGGGGCACCGCAGCUACAACCUGCACGAGCGGCGCUGCAUCGGCAGCAUGACGGCUGCGGAGCAGGACCGCUACCAGAAAAUGCCCACAGACGAGUCGGAGGCACAGACACUGGCCUCGGCUGACCUGGACUACAUGAAGAGUCACCGCUUCGAGGACGUGCCGGGCGUGCGCCGGCACCUGGUGCGGAAGAGCGCCAAGGCACAGGUGGUGCACGUCAGCAAGGACCACAAGGAGCCCAGCACGCGGCAGCGCAAGCAGGACCGGCAGCCCCACGAGGUGUUCGUGGAGCUGAACGAGCUGGUGGUGGACAAGAACCAGGAGCUGCAGUGGAAGGAGACGGCGCGCUGGAUCAAGUUUGAAGAGGACGUGGAGGAGGAGACAGACCGCUGGGGCAAGCCACACGUAGCCUCCCUCUCCUUCCGCAGCCUCCUGGAGCUCCGCAAGACCCUGGCCCACGGGGCCGUGCUCCUGGACCUGGACCAAAAGACACUGCCGGGGGUGGCUCACCAGGUGGUGGAGCAGAUGGUGAUCACGGACCAGAUCCGGGCUGAGGAUCGUGCCAACGUGCUGCGGGCGCUGCUGCUCAAGCACAGCCACCCGAGCGACGAGAAGGAGUUCUCCUUCCCACGGAACAUCUCGGCGGGCAGCCUGGGCUCCCUGCUCGUGCACCACCACAGCACCAACCACGUGGCCGAGGGCAGCGAGCCGGCCGUCACCGAGCCCCUCAUCGCUGGCCACGCCGGCGAGCACGACACGCGCAUCGACGUGGAGCGGGAGAGGGAGGUCCUCACUCCCACACCCCCGGCCGGCAUCACUCGCUCCAAGUCAAAGCACGAGCUAAAGCUGCUGGAGAAGAUCCCGGACAACGCUGAGGCCACAGUGGUGCUCGUGGGCUGUGUGGAGUUCCUGGACCAGCCCACCAUGGCCUUUGUGCGGCUGCAGGAGGCCGUGGAGCUGGACGCGGUGCUGGAGGUGCCCGUGCCUGUGCGGUUCCUCUUCGUGCUGCUGGGCCCCAGCAGCACCCACAUGGACUAUCACGAGAUUGGGCGCUCCAUCUCCACCCUCAUGUCAGACAAGCAAUUCCACGAGGCUGCCUACCUGGCCGACGAUCGUCACGACCUUCUGAAUGCCAUCAACGAGUUCCUGGACUGCAGCGUGGUGCUGCCGCCCUCCGAGGUGCAGGGCGAGGAGCUGCUGCGCAGCGUCGCCCACUUCCAGCGCGAGAUGCUGAAGAAGAGGAUGGAGCAGGAGCGGAGGCUGCUGCUGGAGCCCAAGUCCCCUGAGGAGAAAGGUGCCAGGGCUAGGGCUGGGGCCAGGGCAGGGUUUGGGAUGUCCCAGCUGUUGGGAUCUCACUGUCUGGCUGUCUGGCUGUCCAUCCGCUCGCCCCCAGCUCUGCUGAAGCUGAAGGUGGUGGAGGACGAGGCCGAGGAGGACGACGACCCCCUGAGGCGCACGGGCCGCCCCUUCGGGGGGCUGAUCCGGGACGUGCGGCGGAGGUACCCCCACUACCUGAGCGACUUCCGCGACGCGCUGGACCCCCAGUGCAUUGCUGCCGUCAUCUUCAUCUACUUCGCUGCGCUGUCACCCGCCAUCACCUUCGGGGGGCUGCUGGGGGAGAAGACACAGGACCUGAUCGGGGUGUCGGAGCUGAUCAUCUCCACGUCGCUGCAGGGCGUCCUCUUCUGCCUGCUGGGUGCUCAGCCCCUGCUCGUCAUCGGCUUCUCGGGGCCGCUGCUCGUCUUUGAGGAAGCCUUCUUCACGUUCUGCACGUCCAACGAGCUGGAGUACCUGGUGGGGCGUGUCUGGAUCGGCUUCUGGCUCAUCCUCAUCGUGCUGGUCAUGGUGGCCUUUGAGGGCAGCUUCCUGGUGCGUUUUGUCUCCCGCUUCACCCAAGAGAUCUUUGCCUUUCUCAUCUCCCUCAUCUUCAUCUAUGAGACCUUUUCCAAGCUGGCCAAGAUCUUCCAAGAGCACCCGCUGCAUGGCUGCCUGAGUGCCAACAGCUCAGCCGAGGCCUGGGGCAAUGGCACUGUGGCCAUGGCCAACACCACAGCCCUGGCCACCAGCCCGGCCGCCCGCGGUGCCGCCAAGGUCACGGGGCAGCCCAACACGGCGCUGCUCUCACUCGUGCUCAUGGCCGGCACCUUCUUCAUCGCCUUCUUCCUGCGCAAGUUCAAGAACAGCCGCUUCUUCCCCGGACGGAUCCGGAGGCUCAUCGGGGACUUUGGGGUGCCCAUCGCCAUCCUGGUGAUGGUGCUGGUGGACUACAGCAUCCAGGACACCUACACACAGAAGCUGAGUGUGCCCAGUGGGUUCUCGGUGACAGCCCCAGACAAGCGGGGUUGGGUGAUCAACCCCCUGGGUGUGCAGAGUGCCUUCCCCGUGUGGAUGAUGGUGGCCAGUGGCCUCCCCGCCAUCCUCGUCUUCAUCCUUAUCUUCAUGGAGACCCAGAUCACCACGCUGAUCAUCAGCAAGAAGGAGCGGAUGCUGCAGAAGGGCUCUGGGUUCCACCUUGACCUCCUGCUCAUUGUGGCCAUGGGUGGCUUCUUCGCGCUCUUUGGGCUGCCCUGGCUCGCCGCAGCCACCGUGCGCUCCGUCACCCACGCCAACGCCCUCACCGUCAUGAGCAAGGCCGUGGCUCCUGGGGACAAGCCCAAGAUCCAGGAGGUGAAGGAGCAGCGGGUCACCGGACUGCUGGUGGCCGUGCUGGUCGGGCUGUCCAUCGUCAUCGGGGACCUGCUGCGGCAGAUCCCACUGGCCGUGCUCUUCGGCAUCUUCCUCUACAUGGGCGUCACCUCCCUCAAUGGCAUCCAGUUCUACGAGCGCCUGCAGCUGCUGCUGAUGCCCCCCAAGCACCACCCUGAUGUCACCUAUGUCAAAAAGGUGCGCACGCUGCGCAUGCACCUGUUCACCGGGCUGCAGCUGGCCUGCCUGGCCGUGCUCUGGGCCGUCAUGUCCACUGUGGCCUCCCUCGCCUUCCCCUUCAUCCUCAUCCUCACGGUGCCGCUCCGCAUGUGCCUGCUCAGCCGCAUCUUCACCGACCGGGAAAUGAAGUGUCUGGACGCAGCCGAGGCCGAGCCCAUCCUGGACGAGCGGGAAGGUGUGGACGAGUACAACGAGAUGCCGAUGCCGGUGUGAGGGCGCCGGCGGCUCACGGCUGGCGGUGGAGCCCGCGCGGGCCGGGGCAGCGGCUGUGCGGCCGUGCCCGCGGGGACGGGGCCCUGCGCCCCCAGGGCCUCGGACAUCUGCCGCCCGUGCCCCGGGACAGGCCCUCCCGGGACAGAGCCCCCCGGGACAGGGCUGUCUGGGACAGGGCCCUCCCGGGACAGAGCCCCCCGGGACAGAGCUGUCCGGGACAGGGCCCGUCCAGGACAGAAUCCCCCGGGACAGGGCCCUCCCGGGACAGAGCCCCCCGGGACAGGGCUGUCUGGGACAGGGCCCUCCCGGGACAGAGCCCCCCGGGACAGGGCCCUCCCGGGACAGAGCCCCCCGGGACAGGGCCCUCCCGGGACAGAACCCCCUGGGGCAGGGCUGUCCGGGACAGGGCUGUCUGGGACAGGGCCCUCCCGGGACGCCCCCCGGGGCAGGGCUGUCCGGGACAGGGCCCUCCCGGGACAGAGCCUCUUGGACAGGGCCGCCUGACCCCUCAGCAGCCCCUCGGCUCCCGUCCCACCCUCAGGCGUCGGCUGCAGCCCCCGGGGUUUAUGGAUCAGGCAAUUCAAAGGCAAUAAACAGCUUUAUUCCGAUCAUGGGGCCCAGGGCAGAGGUGCUGGGGGAGCUCCCUGCCCGGGGAGCCCUGCGCCGAGCAGUCCCUGGGGGGCUACCGGGCUGGGGCCCCCCCGCUGCCUUCAACUAAUAAAGAGACCGGAAUUUGCACACUUUUCACCAGUUUUA